AUGGAAGUUAUUCCAGUGAUGUUCAUCCUGAUCGUAUCUUGGAGUCUAACCUGGGACAUCGUGGUUUCAGAUUCAAUUAUACAUAUUGGGGCGAUUUUUGAUGAAUCUGCCAAAAAGGAUGAUGAAGUGUUUCGCCUGGCGGUGGCUGACCUCAACCUGAAUAAUGAAAUCUUGGAGACAGAGAAAAUCACUAUUUCUGUGGAAUUUGUGGAUGGAAACAACCCUUUCCAGGCUGUGCAGGAAGCCUGUGAGCUGAUGAACAGAGGGAUCCUGGCGCUGGUCAGCUCCAUCGGCUGCAUGUCAGCGGGCUCGCUGCAGUCCCUGGCGGACGCCAUGCACAUCCCUCACCUCUUCAUCCAGCGGGCGCCAGCGGGCACCCCGCGCUCCAGCUGCGGCAUCACGCACCGCACCCGCUCAGAGGACUACACCCUGUUCGUGCGCCCCCCAGUGUACCUCAACGAGGUCAUCCUCCGGGUCGUCACCGAGUACACCUGGCAGAAGUUCAUUAUCUUCUACGACAUUGAAUAUGAUAUCCGUGGCAUCCAGGACUUCUUGGACAAGGUGUCCCAGCAGGGAAUGGAUGUAUCCUUGCAGAAAGUGGAGACCAACAUCAACAUGAUGAUCACAGCCAUGUUCAGAACAAUGCGUGUUGAAGAGCUGCAUCGCUAUCGGGACACCCUGCGCAGAGCUAUCCUCUUCAUGAGCCCUGCCACGGCCAAAGCCUUCAUUACUGAGGUUGUUGAAACCAACCUUGUUGCCUUUGAUUGCCACUGGAUCAUCAUCAAUGAGGAAAUUUCUGACUUUGACGUGCAGGAGCUUGUGAUGAAAUCCAUUGGAAGGCUGACAAUUAUCCGACAAAUGUUUCCUCUGCCACAGAACACAAGUCAGCGAUGUAACCGUGGGAACCACCGAAUAAACAACUCUUUAUGUGAUCCAAAGGACUCCAAAGCCCAGAACAUGGAGAUUACAAAUCGCUACAUCUACGACACAGUUCUGUUGCUGGCUAAUGCCUUCCAUAAGAAACUGGAGGACAGAAAAUGGCACAGCAUGGCUAGCCUGACCUGCAUCCGCAAAAACUCCAAGCCUUGGCAGGGCGGACGGUCCAUGUUAGAUACGGUGAAAAAGGGUGGAGUCAGUGGCUUGACAAGCUUCCUAGAGUUUAAUGAAAAUGGAACAAACCCCAACAUUCAUUUUGAAAUCCUGGGGACUAACUAUGGAGAAGACAGGGGUAGAGGAGUCCGCAAGCUGGGGACUUGGGAUCCGGUUAAUGGCCUGAAUGGGACUCUGACAGACAGGAAACUGGAGAACAAUAUGCGUGGUGUGGUCUUGCGUGUGGUGACAGUGUUGGAGGAGCCCUUUGUGAUGGUGUCUGAGAAUGUCUUGGGAAAGCCAAAGAAGUACCAAGGAUUUUCCAUUGAUGUUCUGGAUGCUCUGUCAAACUACCUGGGAUUUAAGUAUGAAAUCUAUGUGGCGCCUGAUCACAAGUACGGAAGCCCUCAAGCCGAUGGAGUUUGGAAUGGCCUGAUAGGAGAGCUGGUCUUCAAGAGAGCAGAUGUGGGGCUAUCGGCUUUAACCAUCACUCCAGAUCGGGAAAGUGUGGUGGACUUCACUACGCGUUACAUGGACUAUUCAGUGGGUGUGCUCCUGAAGAAGGCUGAAAGGACAGUGGACAUGUUUGCUUGCCUGGCGCCCUUUGACCUCUCUCUGUGGGCAUGCAUUGCUGGCACAGUCCUGCUGGUGGGGAUACUUGUGUACCUACUUAACUGGCUCAACCCUCCUCGUCUGCAAAUGGGCUCGAUGACUUCGACCACCCUCUAUAACUCCAUGUGGUUCGUAUAUGGCUCCUUUGUACAGCAGGGUGGCGAAGUGCCCUACACCACUUUGGCGACGCGGAUGAUGAUGGGAGUGUGGUGGCUGUUUGCCCUGAUUGUCAUCUCAUCAUACACUGCUAACCUGGCGGCCUUCCUCACCAUCACGCGCAUUGAGAGCUCCAUCCAGUCUCUCCAGGACCUGUCUAAGCAGACUGACAUCCCCUAUGGCACAGUGCUGGACUCGGCCGUGUACGACCAAGUGCGCACCAAGGGCAUGAAUCCCUUCGAGAGGGACACCAUGUACUCUCAGAUGUGGAAAAUGAUCAACCGGACUGGGGGGGCCGAGCACAAUGUGGAGGAGUCCAAGGAGGGCAUCAGGAGGGUGAAAUAUGGAAACUUUGCCUUUGUGUGGGAUGCAGCAGUUUUGGAAUAUGUUGCCAUUAAUGAUCCAGACUGUUCUUUCUAUACGGUUGGGAAUAACGUGGCGGACAGAGGAUAUGGAAUCGCCAUGCAGCACGGCAGUCCUUACAGAGACAUAUUCUCACAGAGAAUCCUCGAGCUGCAGCAGAAUGGCGACAUGGAUAUCCUGAAGUUGAAGUGGUGGCCAAAGGACAGCCAGUGCGACCUGUACUCCUCUGUGAACACAAAGCAGAAAGGAAGCGCCCUGGACAUUAAGAGCUUUGCAGGAGUGUUCUGCAUCUUGGCGGCAGGUGUGGUCCUCUCCUGUUUCAUAGCAAUGAUUGAGACAUGGUGGAACAAGAGGAAAGGGUCAAGAGUACCAUCCAAAGAGGACGACAAGGAGAUCGAUCUGGAGCACCUGCACCGGCGAGUGAACAGCCUCUGCACGGAGGACGAGAGCCCCCACAAGCAGUUCUCCACCUCCUCGAUCGACCUGACGCCCCUGGACAUCGACUCACUGCCCACGCGUCAGGCGCUGGAGCAGAUCAGUGACUUCCGCAACACGCACAUCACCACCACCACCUUCAUCCCGGAGCAGAUCCAGACUCUGAGCCGCAGCCUGUCGGCCAAGGCCGCAGCCGGCUUCGCCUUCGGGGGCGUGCAGGACCACCGAACUGGGCCCUUCAGGCAAAGGGCCCCAAACGGGGGGUUCUUCAGGAGCCCCAUCAAGACAAUGUCCACUAUCCCAUACCAACAGACGCCCUCUCCCGGGUACAGCUUCGGCAACGACCCUGAUCGAGGAACCUCCAUAUAAUUCACUGGAGAGCAAAAACAAAUUCUCUCUCUAUAUAUAUAGCUUUUCUUUCUUUUCGGUUUGUUUUCUUUUGCAUUGAGGGAAGAGGUGGGUAUUUGUUGCAUUUUUUUUUCCUCUUUCGCUGUUGCUUUGAUUUGAGACGGCUUCUGAAGAAGCAACAUGCAUACAUAAUGGACUAACAUGGAUGUAACUUUUGUUUAUAAGAAUAAGGUUAAAUAGUGGCUAUCUUUAGCAAUCCUGUAACUGCAAUAACCCAAGGUGGUUGGUUUUUUUUCCCUCUCCAUCAGCCAGCACUGCAAAAUGCUGCUGUUGCUCAGUUAACUCACUGGACCAAAGGCGAACCAUACAAGAGAGCGAGAGUUAUCGCAUAUGUCCCCCAUUCCAGGCAAGGCAACUGGUCUUACUGUCUAACUUAGGACUGCCUCAAGCCAUCAAAAUGCCCAUAAGACUACAGCCCACCACUACUAUGCACUGUAACAGUGCAUUCUGACCUAUAGGUGAUUGUAUGUUAUUAAAUGCAUAUUUUCUCUUCUGUAUAGUGCUGGUUAUUUUAAAGGUAUAGCCUCAAUUAAGAGAGUCAUCCAGAGCAAAUAAAUAAAUUACAGCUAUGGCUAUUUCUGUCUUUUUUUAUAACUAUGCUUUAGUGAGUGGAAUGUGUCUGAUCGAAAAUAACAAUUCACAGUGUGCGGAGUUGUCUAUUAAUUUAAGUUUUCCUUAUUCUAAAAUUGAGAUUUGAGUGCUUUCAUGUGAUUCUACUUUGUAUCACCAGCCUGGAAGGCUUCAUUCUUUGUACUUUCAAUUCAAUUGGGGGGUUAAUGAAUGUUAUUUGUUCAACUAGAAAUGCAUUUGCCAGACUGUAGCACAAAGGCUACAUUGGAUAUGUUUUCUUUUUAAAGGACCAUUUUCUGCUGUAAACUGCCCCACCACAUACACACCCCCCUCGUUCUGUGCUUUAAAUUGCUUGUCCUAAACCAAGUGUCAUGCCAUUGAAACAGAGAAGUGACAGAAACUUUAGGAACUGUUUUUAAAUGCCUUUCUAUUUCAUUUCUUUAGUUGUUUAAAUAAUGUUAUCUAACUUUGAAAGUGCCAAUUGUUAAAAAGGCCAUUAAGGUGCAGUAUAAAAAACUAUAUAAAAUACUGAAAAAAAACUGCAGCCAAACUUUUCACUAACACUGUACUACUAUUUAAUAAUGUUAGUUGUUUAGAAUGAGCUUUCAGUUUGUUAUAUUAAGACUAUUUGCAAAUGUGGUAAGUAGAAAGCAGCAACUUCUGUGUCUGAUGCAAGCAUUAGAUGUUACUUUAUUAAGCUGUGGCUAACGAAUGACAGUAGGAAACAGCCAACAUUUUGAGUUUCUUUAGCAUAAAUAAAGAAACAUUAUUAAAAUAUAUAUUUUAUAUGUUGAUGCUAAUUCUGUUCUGAAAACGAGCAUCAUGUAGCAACAUCACUGGUUUUGUAGUUCAUCUUUCAGCAUUGCUUACAGUGUAAGACAACCCCAUUUCUUAUCACAGAAAGGCCAUUUUGGGGAAGGAUGCAAGUUCCUAAAAAAGAGCAUGCAAAACUUGCCAAGCCUGUAACAUUUUUAAUUUUCAUACAUAGGACGUACAAGGAUUAUUUGGUAAUUUCAAUUGAUUACAAUGUACAGUAUUUAAUAUAGGCCUAUUUUGUUGUAUGUGUUGUGUAUUAUACAAACUGAAGAAACUGGGGCCUCUGUUACAAGUGGCAAAGCUUUCUGUGUAUAAUUUGUCUAAUAAACUUGUUUUCUAAAAACUG